CUGCCCUUCCUCGGCUUGAAUCUGAUCUGGUCCGACCAAGCAGAGCACUGCUCGACCAGGACCAUCGACGCAGGCUUAGCGAUCCUCGUCACAGGCCGUCACGCCAAGCACAGCCUAUCUGCCCCGGUCUCGCACACAGCACCAUGGCUGCAGGCAACACAACCAAGGCAGUGCCUUCGUUGCUCUCUCGAACACACCGCCGACGGGUCAUUGGGGCCAAGUUCCAAUCGCUGUCGUCGCGAUACGGUUGGGCGCUCUAUUGGCUUGGGCUUGCUGCUCUGCUCGCCCUGCCGUUUACCGAGCUGCACAAGGAGGCCUUCAUCGAUGAGAAUGCACUACUGCCCGGACAGACGUCAAAGCUCUCUGAGUGGAGCCACAUUGUCCACCAGAACACCAAGAAGACCCAGAUCGACUCGUUUGCCCGGCUGUAUCCUCAAUCAUCGCUCGAACGUGCUCUUUUCCUCAAGGAGGAGCUCGAGUCUCUCGGCCUCGACGCUGAUACUCAGCGAUUUGAAGUUUUUGGCCUGGCCAACCAGACCAUCGCCAGCGGCGUCAACGCCUUUGGAAUUGUUCGCGCCCCUCGAGCAGAUGGAUCCGAGUCAAUUCUUCUCUCGGCGCCAUGGAUAGACCGACAUGGGCAGUACAACCAGAACGGAAUCGCCACUCUCUUGGCAUUUGCAAAGCUUGCUCGCGAGGGCAGCUACUGGGCAAAGGAUCUGAUUUUGCUAUUCCCAGACAGCCAUCUCUUUGGAACCGAUGCAUGGCUACGAGCCUACCACGGCAUCGACAUUGUACAGGCUGAUCCCGUGCGCCGCUACGAAAGCCUCCGAAUGCGCGGCGGAGCGAUUCAGCAAGCUAUCAAUAUCGAGUUUGACGGGCUGGACGAUUAUGACUCGAUCGGACUGUUGCCCGAUGGCGUCAACGGCCAACUCUGCAAUCUGGACGUCGUCUUUACGACGGGCGUCGUUGCUGGGGUGGACCAGAUCAGCGUUCAUCUCUACGACGGCGAAACCGCUCGAGGCUACCAGAACACCGCCACGGAUCGCUACCUGUUUUAUCUCAAGGCCAUCCUGCUGUAUAUGAAGCGCCAGGCGUUUGGAUAUCCCAGUGCCGAACAUGCGCUCUACACGACGUACAAGAUUGAGGCCAUAACGAUUGCAGGACUCCGAACAGGCCACGCUGCUACCGUCAGUCCGCUGAAGGUGCUUGGACUCAUCGAGCAAACAGCUCGGUCCUUCAACAACUUGCUGGAGCAGCUCCAUCACUCGUAUUGGUUCUACAUCAUGCCCGAUGCAACCCACUUCAUCCCUCUGCCCAUCUACAUUGGUCCUAUCAUCCUGCUAUCCUCGCCGCUUGUAUUGCACGCGCUGUCCAUGUGGUGGAGGUCUGGCGGAUACAACCCCGCUCAAAGCCCUCCUUCUGAGCCCUCCGUGGUGGGCCCGUUCUGCAUCCGUCCUCGCGGCCUCUCGCUAUCGUCGAGCGCAAAUCGCCAUCUGCGCGAGCCUGUGGCCGUCCUUGUGGUGUGUUAUCUUGCCGGGGCGCUCUGCUACUUCCUUUCGAAUCAGCUCCAAGACGCCGGGGAGUAUCUGGCGACGUACGCUGCUCCAGCUGCGAUCAUGAUCGUGGCAAGUGCGGCCGUGAGACUGUCGCUGACGGUUGAUUACUACGUCCUAUCAAGCCUGGCGAGCCUGCUGCUGUCGAUUUCCUUGCUCACGAUUGCGACGCUGAACCCGUCGCUCUCGAUCGCCCUGGCACUGUUUGCUGUGCCUGUGUUUGGACUAGUCCAACCUGUGAGCCCCAAAGCCAGCUUGGUCCAGUGGCUCGGCUCGGCCCUCAAGUGGGUGCUGCUGGUUGUGGUGUCGCCUUCAGGCCUGGCGCUUGUUGCUACGGCGCUGGUGGGCCGACACGGGGCCGAGACAGAGACCCGGCGUCUUGUUGAAUCCAGCCUGUUCUUUGGGUCGUGGGUGUGGGGAUUCUUGUACUGCUGUUACUUGCCACCGCUGAUCGCAGGCAUGGUUGCGGUCCUGGGCGUACAGGAGUAGUUGCUCUGGGCCUUUGACUCGCCAAUGAAUGCAGCACAGUGUCCGGGGAUUAU